AUGUUGUUCCUCGGAAUACUGCUCGGCAUCUUCAUAAGAGGUAAGAUGCAGGAAGGUAUCCAUGCUGUUACAUCCAUUUUUGUAGUCAGUCAUUCGGGCUAUAUCUAGCCUAUUCUGACCUUAAAAUUAGUUUUUUUAGCAAUAUGAUUUUAUAGGCAAUCAUGACACCUUACUCAUCUCGUAUUUAAAGUAUUUGAUGAUUUGAAGACUUAAUAAGGCUGAUUGCCCACAUAACGCCAAUUAUUUGAUUUAACCUUUUACAUUCAUGGCUGAAAUGCUCGUUUUCAGUGAGCUUUGGAUGCAGGCAUGGCUUCUAAUUUUCCACAUAAAUGUGCUCUAUGCAAGGAAUGUAUUCCUUGACUCUAGGCUAUGUAAACUGCUCUUAAUAAAACCUUUAUGACAGCAGGAAUAUUUGGUGAAAUGAGAGACUUUACGAAACAAUUGGAAACGACUUGCAUUGAAACGUUGUGAUCUGAUUAAUAAAAAAUAAAAAAUAAAAAAAAGACUUAAGACAUUUUCAUUCCAGACUUGGGACAAAGGCUCUUGUACAACCACUAUUUUUUGAUAUAAUGAAGUUGGCAUCCCCACGUCUCCGCUCCCUCUGUGAGUUGCUGCCGCCUGAGGCAUAGGCUACACGCAUAAUUCCCCCACGGAUCGACAGGUUUUUAUUUAUUAGCCGAGUUAAUUAUUGUGUGUUUGAUGUGCUGGUGUAGGCCUAAGCGACAAGGGUCCCAAGGGUCGCAUCGUAUAUCAGUGCGGUGUCUGUUUCUCCUUCUCUCUCCCUCGCCCCUGGUGAGCGUGGUUUGAUUUAUGCAAACACCCUUUUGGCUUACAGGUCUCUUUCGAUUUUUUAAAAUCUUAAUACAAAUUCACCUCACCUCCAACCGCACAUAGAAUAAAUUGUAAAGUUGUUGUUCAAUGAGGAAGCGCAUUCAACCGACACCGGUGUGCAAACAGCGGAAUCGUGGUUGAGGUCUUAUCGGCACGCAGGUGCUUGUGGCCGCCAGAUGCGCGUCCAGGUGUGUUUGAGUAGCCGCCGAGACAGACACGGGGAAGGGGCGCCAAACGGCGGGGUCGCGCACUAUGUGUUGACAACCUCCCAGGGCGCGCGCCCAGCUUGUGUCACACACACUCCGGUGACAGGUGUUCCGAAGUGUAUUAGGCCUAGACUCCCUCCCACCUGAUAUCUCCGUCGGAGGUCAUUUUACCGCAUAGCGGGAGGCUGGGGUUUGAACAGCAGGGCUUUGGAAAAGGUCAUAAAGAGGGGUUGUUCCAUAUGAUUUUAAUCACUUUCUUACUGCACCCCUUUUGAUUUGAACCUUCCAUACAUGAUUGCCCAUGGUGGAAGUGGUCAGAAAGUGACUUUUUGGACUUGAAUGCCAAAACAUUCAGGAGAUAGAGGUGCUCAAAGUGAAUAAUGUUGAAAUUUCUAUUUUCAAAUAGUACCACAUGGAUGGUUGGAGUUCCACACAUCAUAUAAUGUUGAUUUGAGUGGGAAUAUCCAUUGUUUUAAAUUAAACUGUCAAUCUUCCAUAGGAAACCUAUUGAAAUCACAGAAAUAUAGAUAAUAGAAUAGACAUUCCCAUUGAAGUUGACAUUCGACAGUGGGUGGACCGGUGGACAUCUUUCUGUUAGUAAUUGGAAGUUAAAGUUUCAAUUCAAUUGAAAUGUCAAUGGUGUACCAGCUAAAUUGCAGUGGUCUGAAGGGAUAGGUCCAUUCUAUGAGUUCUAUUUCUAUGAUUGAAAUGACACCCACCCUGUAUUCAAGACUAUGCAGUAACCAAUGAUGGGCAUGACACAAACACCUCAGAUGAUGUAAAAUAGGGUCUAAGAUACAACAUUUGUGAAAAUGGAAAGAAAAUCGGAGUUUAAGCAUUUUUAGAUAAUUGAUGUUCAAGAUAAAAUAAAAUAAAAAUUGUUUCAUUAAAAACAUUUUUUCAAGAAAUCAUGGAAUAGUUUGACAACCCUGUUUGUAAGCUUUCAAAUGAUAUCAAACUGAACGGUUGAUAUUUUUCAGUGCUGAAGACAUGUCUCAUGGUAUGGUGGGGUAUGCAAAAUGGGUAAACUUUGAGCACCGCUAUCUCCUGAAAGUUUUGGCAUUCAGGUCCAAAAAGUCACUUUCUGACUACUUCCAACAUGGGCAAACAUGUAUGAAAGGUUUUGUUGAAAUCAAAAGGGGUGCAGUCAGAAAAUAAUUGAAAUGAUUUGGAACAACCUAGAGGGAACUGUAAACUCCAUUAUGAUUUCCUCAUGAAGAGGGAUGAUGGCAAGGGAAAGAAAAGAACAUGCAUGAAAAAUGACAGGGUACAGUGCAUUCGGAAAGUAUUCAGACCCCUUGACUUUUUCCACAUUUUGUUACAUUACAGCCUUAUUCUAAAAUUGAUUAAAUUGUUUUUUCCCCUUGUCAAUCUCCACACAACUUGCAAAUGUAUAUAAAAAUACAAAAAACAUAUCACAUUUACAUAAGUAUUCAGACCCUUUACUCAGUACAUUGUUGAAGCACCUUUGGCAGCGAUUACAGCCCUGAGUCUUCUUGGGUAUGACGCUACAAGCUUGGCACACCUGUAUUUGGGGAGUUUUUCCCCAUUCUUCUCUGCAGUUCCUCUCAAGCUCUGUCAGGUUGGAUGGGGAGCAUCGCUGCACAGCUAUUUUCAGGUCUCUCCAGUGAUUUUCGAUCGGGUUCAAGUCCGGGCUCUGGCUCCAGGACAUUCAGAGACUUGUCCCGAAGCCACUCCUGCGUUGUCUUGGCUGUGUGCUUAGGGUCGUUGUCGUGUUGGAAGGUGAACCUUCGCCCCAGUCUGAGGUCCUGAGCACUCUGGAGUAGGUUUUCAUCAAGGAUCUCUCUGUACUUUGCUCUGUUCAUCUUUCCCUCAGUCCUGACUAGUCUCCCAGUCCCUGCAGCUGAAAAACAUCCACACAGCAUGAUGCUGCCACCACCAUGCUUGACCGUAGGGAUGGUGCAAGGUUUCGUCCAGACAUGACGCUUGGCAUUCAGGCCAAAGAGUUCAAUCUUGGUUUCAUCAUACCAGAGAAUCUUGUUUCUCAUGGUCUGAGAGUCCUUUAGGUGCCUUUUGGCAAACUCCAAGCGGGCUGUCAUGUGCCUUUUACUGAGGAGUGGCUUCCGUCUGGUCACUCUACCAUAAAGGCCUGAUUGGUGGAGUGCUGCAGAGAUGGUUGUCCUUCUGGAAGGUUCUUCCAUCUCCACAGAGAAACUAUGGAGCUCUGUCAGAGUGACCAUCGGGUUCUUGGUCACCUCCAUGACCAAGGCCCUUCUCCCCCGAUUGCUCCGUUUGGCCGGGCGGCCAGCUCUAGGAAGACUAUUGGGGGUUCCAAACUUCUUCCAUUUAAGAAUGAUGGAGGCCACUGUGUUCUUGGGGACCUUCAAUGCUGCAGAAAUGUGUUGGUACCCUUCCCCAGAUCUGUGCCUCGACACAAUCCUGUCUCUGAGCUCUAUGGAUAAGAGAGAGAGAGAGAGAGAGAGAGAGAGAGAGAGAGAGAGAGAGAGGAAGAGAGAGACUAGGGGAGUCUAGGGGAGUCUAGGGGUCGUAUGUGUGUUUUGUUGCGAGAGAGAGAGACUAGGGGAGUCUAGGGGUCGUAUGUGUGUUUUGUUGAGAACUAGAAUUUGGAAGCUCAAACACAGGAGCAAAAGAUGGUGCGUGCGGAUUUAGCCUCCUUGGCUGGGAGAUUUGGUGUGUGUGUGUCUUCACUGGAACUCUGUCAUAUGCCCAUUCUGCUGUACCCAUGGGGACUGCAUGACAUCAUACCUCACUGCUCCUUCAACUGAACUAUGGGAUAGCGCUCCACUGCACUGCACCCAAACCACUGAUCUAGAGCCAGCUCUCCCAAUCCAUGACCUAUACCUAACCAUUAAUGAACAACACAUCAGAACUGGCCCAGGAUCAGUUACAAGUAAAACGGUAACUUUACUUAAACCCUAUAGGUGUAAUGCUUUAUAACUUGGCUGUAAACAUGUGUAUGAACAUUUAUAAUGUCUUAUAAACCACAUACAUACUGGCCCCCUCAGCUUCUCCUUUUGAAAGGUGAUGAGGUCAAUGUGACGUCAUGUGACAGUGAGUGAUUCGCCUGGUAUGUGUAUGGCAAUGCGUGAUUAGUUUAGGGGGAAGUCUAAUGAGCUUCCUGGUUUUUAAGUGACAUGGGUUAUUUGUUUUUGUAGUUGGUGCUCUGGUGUUUAAGCGUACAUACACCUCACUCUACUUUAUUUAGUCAAUUUGCAUUCUCCAGUUGAUCUAUGUUGUGCCUAGAGUCUCGGGUAGUCUAUUUCAUGAAACUCAUUAUAUUCGAUUUACAUUUACUGCUCUGUUGAAUAUUAAUCUAUUUUUGCUCUCUCAACCACUUCAUUCUUCUAGUGUGCGUGUGUGGCAGGGUGUCUGUGUGUGUCACAGACAGAAUGCUUUACCCCUUCCUGUGGAUGUGUGGUGUUGUGUUUUUGUAAUAAUGAUAGGCUCCGCCCCUCAGUCUCCCCCACGGCAUAAGCCAGACAUAAAAGGAUCCCUCUCAGGGCGUGUGUGUGCGUGUGUGUGUUUCUCAGAACAUAACACACAAGACAUGCUGAUUGUGCCUCAGAUUGUGAGUGUCCUAGCCAGCAAGGUUGUUAUUGGUGUGUUGCCAAAAGGUGUUCGUCUCUCUCUCUCUCUCUCUCUCUCUCUCUACCUCUCUCUCUACCUCUCUCUCUCUCUCCCUCUCUCUCCCUCUCUCUCCCUCUCCCUCUCUCUCUCUCUCUAUCUCUCUCUCUCUCUCUCUCUCUCUCUCUACCAAGGGAGUAUUUUGUAUUGGUUUACAAAUAAAAGUGGAGAGCAGCCAAAAAUAUAAUGCAGAACAUUUUGGGGGUAAAAUAUUAGGUAUUUCCCAAAUAUGAAACCUCAUGCUGUGUAAGAUCUGGCUUUUCUCCACCCAAUAUAGAACACUCAUCACAAUACAUUUGGAUUCACUCAAUGAAAAUUCCUUCACAUCCAUGGAAAUGAAAUACAGAAGAGGACAGUACUGGCUUUUCAUAUUCAAUGUCAGUGCAUUCAGCCCAAAGACAAAUAAAUGGUGGCACAGAGUGAUGGGAAAUGUAUGGGACUCAUAUGGUAUUUGAGAAAUAUAUUAGUAGAAUGGACAUUCCCUUUCCAAAGCAACAUUCUGUAGUGGGUUCCCUGGCCACCAUAUUGAGUGGACCAUUUAGAAUGUUUGGAACAUCUACUCAUCCGAAUAAGACGGCUUUUUAAAACAUUUUAUUUAACCUUUAUUUAACUAGGCAAAAGGCCUCCUGCGGGGACGGAGGCUGGGAUUAAACAUUAAAAUGUAGGACAAAACACACAUAAAGAGGUACCUAAGACAACAACACAACAUGGUAGCAACACAUGACAACAACACAGUAGCAACACAACAUGGCAGCAGCACAACAUGGUAGCAGCACAACAUGGUACAGAUAUUGUUAGGCACAGAAAACACAAAGGGCAAAAGGUAGAGACAAUGAUACAUCACACGAAGCAGCCACAAGUGUCUUUAAGAGUGUCCAUGAUUGAGUCUUUGAAUGUAUAGAUGGCUGACCAUUCUCCCCUCCCCUUCCCCUCUCUGUCUCCUCCCUCUAGAUGUGGUCCACUCUUCACCGCCCCUCCCUCCGGGCAUUGUGGACUGUGUGGAGGCAGAGAAGGGGUGUAAGGCAGAUCCCCAGUGUAAGGAGCUGUACAGGACCCUGGAGGGCUGUGCGUCCAAAGAGGCGGUGGCUCCGCUGGGGAGCAAGACCAGGAUAGAGUGCCUGGAGGCCCUGAGCGCCCUGCACUACCUCCCCCUGUUGGCCUGCAAGUGUCAGCGCGGCGCACGCAGAGAGGAGCACUGCCUCCGAGCCUACUGGAGUGUCAGGAUCCUGCAGGGUGAGUGUAUGUACGUGCGAGCGUGUGUGAAAAAGGUAGACGUGUGUGUGUGUGACAGAAAUGUGUAUGUUUGUUUAAUAGCUUGUAGAAGUAAGGAUCCAGUAUAGAUUUCUAGCACCACUGGUUCUUGACUCACCAUUUGGCCACCACUAGGUUGGACCCUGUCCUCUGUGACACAUCCCUACAGCCACCGUGUGAUGCCACUGAUGCUACCGUCAGAGCACGGCCACUCAUCUGACAGCAUCCCAAAUGGCACCCUAUUCCCUACAUAGUGGGCACACUAUUCCCUAUGGGCCCUGGUUAAAAGUAGUGCACUACGUAGGGAAUAGGCUGCCAUUCCGGCCGCACAUCAAUGAGAGUGAAUGACAGCUAAUGGAGUUAUUCCCCAUGCCCCGUUAGUCACCAUGCAUACGGUAAUUACACAUUACUCUAACACAACACAGAGAGUGCUCUCCCCUACCGUGUCAUUAUGAAAAAUAAUGACCGGGAUUUACAUUUGAACAGAAUAAUAGAUGUAUAUUUAGGUUGUACCCGUACCAUGUAAUUAGUUCAAAUCUGGAACAACAUGCCUAUUAUUAGGUAAAUAUAUCCAUGAUAGAUUUUAGAGUAGGUGUUAUUAUGAUGUUGGCAGAAGCUGUGUGAAUAUAAUUAAAUGGUGGCUGUGUGAAUCGAGUCCCUGUUAUGAUGUGAUGUUUCCCUGCGUGUUCGAUUAUGUUGUGAUUCAGUCUCCUGUGGUGUUGGGAGAUUAUGAUGCGAUUAGGGCUGCAUAGCUCAUGUGUUAUGGUUAGGUUACGAUGUGAUAUAAUGAUGUUAGGUUGUGAUAUGACGUCGUCUCCCAUGUUAUUAUGAUGAGGUUGUAAUGUGAUGUUCUCCUCUGUGAUCAUGUAGGUUAUGAUGACUUGGAGGCGUCUCCCUAUGACGACUCGCCAGUGGAGACAUCUCACAUGGCCUCCAUAGUGGCAGCAGGUAGCCAACAACACAAUCACCCAUUACAUUAAAACUCCUGAUCAAUAUAUCAAUACACUACAAAACCAAAUCAAUCAACUCAUCUAUACAGCCCUCAAGUGACCAGAUGUCCAGUUUCUCUCCUCUUUCUAUCUCCCUCGCUCCCCUCUUUCUCUCUAUCUAUCUCUCCCUCCCAUUCUCUCUCUCUCCUUUCCCAUACCUCUCUUUCUACAUCUCUCCCCCUCUCUAUCUUUCCCCAUCCCCCUCUCUCUCAGCCUCCUCUCUUCCUCUAGAUGGACAGAACGCAUGUCUGAAGGCAGCCCAGGAUUGUGGUCUGUAUGAGAAAUGUGGGUCCCUGAGGUCUGAGUACGUCCUGGCCUGCACUAAGCCUGUCCCAGGCUCGGACCACUGCAACAGGCAGAAGUGCCACCGGGCGCUGCGGCGCUUCCUGGAGCGCGUCCCGGAGGAGUACAGCCUGGGGGUGCUGUUCUGCCCCUGUACUGACAAACUGUGUGGGGAGAGACGCAGGAAGACCAUCGUCCCCUCCUGUUCCUACCAGGAGAGAGAUGGGAUACAGCCCAACUGUCUGCAUCUGCAGAGCUACUGCAGGAAGGACCAACUCUGCAGGUCAGACACACAACGUACACAAACACACACAUUUUUCUCUUAUAAGUACUCACAUUUACGUAUGUGUAUGUGUGUGUGUCUGUCUCAGGUCCAGACUGGCUGAUUUCCAGCAUAACUGCCAGCCCUCCGGCCUUUCGCCCUCCGGCUGUAUCAGAGAGAGUGGAGCAGUGUGCCUCAAAUCCUAUGCCGGACUCAUUGGUAAAAGAGAGGGAGGGAGGGAGGUAGGGAGGAGGGAGGGAGGGAGGGAGUGAGGGAGAGAGAGAGAGAGCGAGAGAAUAGCGAUAGUAUAGAGACUCUCUCUCUCUAUCUCUCCUCCUCUAUCUCUUCGCUAUGCUCUCUCUCUAUCCUCUCUCUCUCUCUCUCUCUUCUCGUCUCUCUCCUCUCUCUCUUCUCUCUCUUUUCUCUCCCUUCUCCCUAGAGAAAUAGCUCCCUUCCUGCCGCGGUCAGUCUGGUCAGUAUUCACGAGCUCAUAGAGAAAAGGUUGAUACGUAUGUUAUAAAGAUGGAGAGGGUGAGAUGAGGGAGGAGAGAGACGGAGAGAAUAAAGAGUUAGAUUAUUCUAGGAUAUAGAUUUGGGUGGAUCACUAGAGAGUGAUAAAGAUGACAGAGAGGGUGUUAGCGGGUCAUGUCAGGGGUGGAUCAGUGGGGCGUCAGAUGGCCAGCGGUAGGACUUGACCUUUUGCAGUAGGAGUUGACCUCGAUAACCUUUGACCCCCUCCUCCAGGCACCAUCAUGACCCCCCACUACCUUAGCAACAGCACUGUAGACGUGCCCUGUGGUGCAAUUGUGAGGGGCGAGUGCAACCAUUGCAGGACUGCCUGUAGGAUCUUUCAAGGGCAUUUUCAGCCAUACAACGCUGUCUGGGUGAGUCUAUACAUCCACCUACCUGUCAAUCAACUGUCUAACCAAUCAAUGCAAUUUCCAUACGGCAAGCAAUUAAUUUAGUACUUCACACUUCAAUCCAUCAAUCUGUCAAAUAGUCAGCUACACUCGCUCUCAUGCACGCAUGUGAACGUGCACACACACGCACACACACACACACACACACACAAUAUGUAAUGUAAUGUGUCUAUCUGUCCGUCUCACAGAGAACUCCAUCAGUACCAUGGGUAGCUCCCCCCUCGGCCAGUGGAGAGCAUUCCUCCCCCGUCCCCUCGCCCCUCCCCCCUGGACCAGCAGAACAAGCUCAGCAACAACGCCCAGGAUGAGCUCAGCAACAACGCUGUGAGUACUACUACUCAACAUUACCCAAUACUACCUAACAUUACUCAACAUUACCCAAUACUACCUAAUAUUACUCGACAUUACCCAAUACUACCUAACAUUACCCAACACUACCUAACAUUACUCAACAUUACCCAAUACUACCUAACAUUACUCAACAUUACCAAUACUACCUAACAUUACUCAACAUUACCCAAUACUACCUAACAUUAGUCAACAUUACCCAAUACUACCUAAUAUUACUCUAUACUACCUAACAAUACUCAAAUCUACCCAACAUUACCUAACAUUACCCAAUAUUACCUAACAUAACCUGACAUUAUCCAAUACCACCUAACAUUACCCAGUACUACCUAACAUUAAUCAACAUUACCAAUACUACCUAACAUUACUCAACAUUACCCAAUACUACCUAACAAUACUCAACUCUACCCAACAUUUACCUAACAUUACCCAAUAUUACCUAACAUAACCUGACAUUACCCAAUACCACCUAACAUUACCCAGUACUACCUAACAUUACUCAACACUACCCAACACUACCUUACAUUACUGAACACUAUUCAACAUUACUCAACACUAUGCAACGUUGUUAGUUUUGAACGACUCACGACUUUAGAUGAAUUACCAUCACUCAGAAACAUGCACUGCUCCUCUAAACACUAAUCACACAACUGGCAAUCAAAUGAAGCAAAGUAAAAUACCACUCCACCCAGCACUGACCACUUCCAGGCCAGCUUGACCUCGCACUGACCACUGCCAGCUUGACCACAAACAGAUGGACUGACCACUGACUGACCGUUCGAUUAGACACUGACCACCUGACUGAACACUAACCAUCAAGUACUGAAUGCUCGACCUAGUACACACCUCUAGACCAUUGACCAAUGUAGUGACCACAGGCUGCUGGAAUGACCAUUGAACAAUGUAGUGACCACAGGCUGCUGGAAUGACCAUUGACCACAGGAGUGACCGCUGGUGGCUGACCGCUAAACCCUGUCUGGUCCAUUGAGCAGAGUGACAGUGAAGCACUUUGUGUCUCCUCUGCUCCCCGCAUGCUCAACACAGCUAGAGAUUAUCUGAGCCGCCAGCUAGACCAGGGGGAUUCCAAUACUCUCUUUCUCUUCCGUUUCUCUCUCUUUCCUCUCUCUUCCUCCUAGAAUCUCGUCCAUUCGUCUCUCUCAUUCUCUCUCGCUCUCUUCUUCUCUCCUCUCUCUUCCCCACGUCGUCUCUUCUUCUCUGCUCCGUCUAUCCUCUCUCCUCUCUCAAAUCUCCUCAUUCCUCUCUCUCUCUCGUCUUCUCUCUCAAGCGUUCCUCAAUCACCUCCAACUCUCCUCUCCUUCGCCUCCUUCUCUCGUCUCCUCAUUCUCCUGUCUCUCUUCUCUCUGUCUCUUCUGUCACCCUCUCCUUCUCUCUUGGCUGUCUGCCUCUCCGUUCUCUCUUCACAUCGGCUUAAAUUCUCUUCUCCCUCUCUUCCCUCAACUCUUUUCUAGUACUCUUUCCUUCUUUCUCUUCUCUCUCUCUUUCUCUCCCUCUCGCUCUCCCACUCUCCCCCCUCUCUCUGAGAGGAUUAGAUGAAGGUGUUUGCAGGAGGCAGUGCAUCAAUCAGAUUUCAUCAGUAUUAAUUUAUGCAUGCCCAUCUGUCUAUCCCGCUCUCUCUCUCCUUCGCUGCUCUCUCUCGCCUCUAAUUUCCUCCUAAUCAGUGUCCAUCUCCUUUACCUCCGCUCUUCCCUCUUUUCUCAUCGUGCCAGCUCACGAUCUCCCUCGCUCUUCUGUGUUCCUACUAUUUGUAAUCCCUCACUCUCGGCAGUAUCUCUCUCUCUCUCAUCUCUCCUCUCUCAGCAUCUCUCUCCCACACCUCUCUGCUCUAUUCUCUCUCUCCUCUCUCUCAUCUCCACAUGCAUCUCUCCUCUCCAAGUCUCCUCUCUCUCUCUGCCUCUCUCGUCUCAACCAUUGCUCUACAAUACAUUGUUCCACUUUCUUGUCUCUCCUCUCUUCUCCUCACUCAUCCCAUUCUCUCUUCCUCUACUCUAACAAUAUAUAUCUCUCUCUCUAUCUCAGGUGGAGCAGAGUGAGGAAGAUGAUGAGGAGGAGGAAGAGGAGGAGGGGGGGCAGUUUGACGUGAUCCCUCUCUAUGCUGAGAAGGCCACGGUGUCCAAUCUGGGUUCUGGGGGUGGGGGGGUGUCCCCCCGUCUGUCCUCAGCGCCCCCUCCCUCCCUGCUGCUGCUCCUUCUGCUACUGUCUGCCUCUCUGAGCUGGGGGUAAGGGGAGGGGGGGGGCUACCCCUCUUCACGCGGCCAAGAGCCCCUCGCACACAGACACAGAGACUCUGAGAAAGGCACACAGAGAGAGAGGAGGGAGAAAAUAAGAGAAGAUAAAGGACCUCUAGUGUUUAUUGCUUUCUUCCUUUUGUUGCUUCCCCUCCCACUGUCAGGUGAUGGUUUUGCCCGAUGGAGACUUGUCAUGUAUGACAGACAUAGGGGUGAACCAACUCCACAGUGACAGAGGGGGGUUAAACUGAGUGACUUGAUAUAUGAAAUGUGAGUAAUUUUCUCCUUUGGUGAAGACGUGACAGGUUACCAUGAGUCCGAUGGCGCUUUAGUAUAUCCAAGCUUCACUCUGUCCAUUCAUAACUCUAUACUCUCCAGUGAUGGAGAAGUGCUUACAGUCAGUGUUAGAAAGGAAUGUACACUGAGUAUACCAAACAUUAGGAACACCUUCCUAAUAUUGAGUUGCCCUCAGAACAGCCUCAAUUCGUCGGGGCAUGGACUCUACAAGGUGUCGAAAGCGUUCCACAGGAAUGCUGGCCCAUAUUCACUCCAAUGCUUCCCACAGUUGUGUGAAGUUGGGCUGGAUGUCCUUUGGUUGGUGGACCAUUCUUGAUACACACUGGAAACUGUUGAGCAUGAAAAACCCCAGCAGCGUUACAGUUCUUGACACAAAACGGUACGCCUCGCACCUACUACCAUACCUAGUUCAAAGGCACUUUUUUUUGUCUUACCCAUUCACCCUCUGAAUGGCACACAUACACAAUCCAAGUCUCAAUUGUCUCAAGGCUUAGAAAUCUUUCUUUAACCUGUCUCUUCCCCUUCAUCUACACUGAUUGAAGUGGAUUUAACAAAUGACAUCAAUAAGGGUUCAUAGCUUUCGCCUGGAUUGACCUGGUCAGUCUAUGUCAUGGAAAGACCAGGUGUUCAUAAUGCAAGCACUUUUGGUUUACUGUUCUAUCUGUGUCCAUAUGAUUCAGCACAGGCCUGGGAGAAUAACCAGCGGCAUAAAUACAAAUUUAACAGCAUAAUAAAAAAAACGGAAACAAUAUGAUUAAUAAAGCAAGUAAAACAUCUAAUAUCUUCUCAGCAGGUGUAGACGCCCGUCUGGGGUUGACACUCGCAGGCAGAGAGAGAGAGAGAACGAAACAGAGAGAGAGAUAGAAAGAAACAGAGGGAGAGAGAAAGAAACAGAGAGAGAAUGAGAGAGAGAAACAGAGAGGGAGAGAGAGAAAGAAACAGAGAGAGAGAGAGAGAGAGAGAGAAACAGAGAGGGAGAGAGAGAAAGAAACAGAGAGAGAGUGAGAGAGAAAAAGAAACAGAGAGGGAGAGAGAAAGAAACAGAGAGGGAGAGAAAGAAACAGAGAGGGAGAGAGAGGAACAGAGAGAGAGAGAAAGAAACAGAGAGGGAGAGAGAAAGAAACAGAGAGGGAGAUGGAGUGAGUUUAUUGUGUGUCGUCCAUUUCCUCUGCACUUUUUACUUGUUUUAGUUGAGAUAAUAUGACCUGGCGUGAACUCUUUGGCUGGAAUUCAUUCAAACCCCCCAUUGCAAUGUUUACACAGCGUCUAUGUUUACAAUAUUCAUCCCGUGCCCACACACUUCUAAUUCUGAAAAGUGAAAGCAUACCUGUGAGAGAAGUCCCCCUGGUAAUUGUUGUAGGUUUUUAUACAGCACCCAAGACCAAUCUGUCAGUUAAUUUGAUCAUUGGAAAGAGCUACUGCGUAAAUACUGCAAUGCGGGUUUGAUUGAAUUGAGCCCUUUAUAUUCUGGUGGGCUCUUGGGGAAAACCGUUGGUGAGGAGCGAUAGAGGGAGUGAAAGAAAGAGUGAACCAGACAGAGAGAGAGAGACCCUCGAGCGCAAACAUACCAUAGAGAAUCGCUGGCCCUCUAUUUCCUCUGUCUUAUAAAUCUUUUGCUGACACUAAUGUUUUUUUCUGGAGAACGUGUAAAAUGAACUUCCAUCCGGAGGGGUUGGAGAUGGUGGUGGACAGAGAAAGGAGGGGUGCAGGAGGGGAGAGAGAGAGAGAGAGGGAGGGAGGGACGGAGGGAGAAGGGUUGUUGGGUUAGGGAGGGGCUGGAGUGGCGGUAGGUCUGCAGUAUGCGUCUUGCAUGUCUCCCCAGGCACUAAUAUACAAUUAUAACCCCACACACACACCAACUGUCCAUCUCCACCUUAACAACAGACCCUUACACAUAGUGUCUGUCAAUCAGUCAUUAUUUUCUAAAGAAAAGAGGAACAUGCUUACCUGAAGAUCUAUACUUCCAUUCCAUAGAACACAAGCAUCAUUAAUGCCAAGGUCAGCUAGCCGCUCACAGAUCUCCUACUGGGGUUAAUUGAGAGCAGGGUGGAAAAUAGGCAGUAGAUUGAUGUGCCUGUCAGGCCUGUGUGGGGUCUUUACGAGGCCUGUUGUUAUUUUUUAAUUGUUGUCGCGGCCGUUUGUCGUCUACUGACACCUCGCCACUGCCAACAGACAGAUUGAGAGAGGGAGAAGGGAGAGGAGGAGAGGAUACCAAUUAUUUACAUCAAUAUCUCUGAAAUAAAUAAGUUGAGAAGCCAUGCGUUAAAUCAACUGACAUAGAGUAGGAGGGUAGCUGAAGGGAUUAUUUGACUGUUCUUGUUCGCUCAUAUUACAGCUCUAUCAUAAACACACACACACACACAUACACACACGCACAGUUAAAUAUUAGUUCAAUGGUGGCUGAUUGCCCUGGACUUGAGCAUUUUAAUCCAUCAUUGGCCUGACACAGGAACGUUAGCAGCACCGUGGCUUAGUUAUACUGUCCACUGUGGAGAGACAGUCAGAGUGAAAUAAAAACUAAGCAAGAACAACACAAACAGAAAGGGACACAAGGAACUAGAUUGACACACACUACACACACUCUGUAAGGAACAUGUACAGGGAGAGAAGAAGGGAGGAAAGCGGAGGGGGAGAACGAGAGAGACGGAGAGGAAGAGUGAGUGAAAGCUGAUAUGGCAGUAUUAGUGCUGUAGCUUACCCUUACUGAUCUAUUUCACACUCUGUAGGUCCUAAAGCAUCAGCUCUCUACUGUAACACAGCCUCACAACCUCAGCCACAGCUUUGCUGCUACAGCCAGGCACACAGUGGAUGAUGACAGAGCAGCAUUCUUAUAGUUUUUAUUAGUUUCAACAAAUAACAAAAGAAACAAAAGCAGAAAGGCUUAUUUGAGCUCAACCCUUCCUAAACUUCUCCUUUAACCCCACACCUGUAACACACACAUUCAUUGAUUGGAUUCAUUCAUACGCUCAAUGGAUGUUUCUGUGUGAAAUGUUUCUGUGUGUGGACAACCAGCUUUGCUAUGCUCUCUACCUGCCUGCCCUGUUUUCACAUUCAUAAUCACCUUUCAUUUUUAAUUGAUAGAAGUACUGUACUACAUACUCAUUAAAAUGUCAAUGCCAGAUGUGUACGCUAUUAUUUAUGCGUACACGCAGUAAUUACCACAAACAAUGUCAUGUUGUAUUGAGUGUAUAUCGGCCAUCAGGAUGACUUUGUGUGUUGGACAUGGGUGUGAAGCCUAUAUGGAAGACUCUUAUCAGAUCAGAGGAUGUUCAAUGGCUAUAAUGUUUUCCUGCUGCAUCUGUACUCAGCUCUGUCUGUCACUCUGUGUAUCCCUGGUGAUGCGUUGUCCCUGCCUCUGUUCGCGUUGUCCCUGCCUCUGUUCGCUGUAGCACCAAAUAAUGCUAAAUGGUGCUGAAUAAUGCUCAGAUGUUCUGCCUUUUUCUAUCCCAGCACCUCCAGAGGUGAAGCAGACAUUUUUAGCAUUUUUCUGCCCGGUGGGCCGUGCCUCCUGCAGGUAGCUGGCUGAAUGGGCUGAUGGGUAUUCAGGAGGGGAGAGGACGCAUGCUGGGACUGCAUAUGAGACGCACAUUCAUGACAAGCAGAGCUGAACUGUCUGACUACUCUGCACAGCAACAAUAUGAUGAUGAAACCCUUUUUUCUUUCUUGCUCUCUCGCUCUCCUGAACGCUGCAACGCUGAGUGGACCGAUCUCCUCUCUCUCUAGUCAGGCUACGAGACUUUCCCACACUAUCUUCUAUGUGCUGAUUGGACAGUGGAAAGUUACAGGAAGGACCAUUCAGGAUCAUUGAACUGUUCUGCUGGUGUUCAAGAAUGCAAAACAAACCAUGAUGCCAAAACACUGAUGACGUGAAUUUUCUCAACACCCUGCUCCCUUUAAGCAUGUCUAUGUACCACAGGAGAGGGCCAGCUUUGCCCCCCUACCCCCCAGAACUCGUUCUGUUUCGACCCCUCUACACACCCCGCCCAGUGUUCUCUUAUUCAGGUAGUGUUCUGUGCUUUCAUCUAUCUGCUGUUCAGACGUACAUCUCCACUGUGUACAUGAAUAUAAUAAAUAUAUGAUCUUACAUUUCCUUACUUCCUCUUCCUGUUUCAGUGUGCAGUUGACCUUAAAUGAAAUGGCUUGGAACUGUUGUGAAUGCACUGACUAGACCCCUCAAAUUCAAAUGUGGACCUCAAAGCCAGUUCCACAACUUUUUUCAUGCUUCCCCUCUAAUCAGGGACUGAUUUAGACCUGGGAAGCCAGGUGGGUGCAAUUAAUUAUCAGGUAGAACAGAAAACCAGCAGUAGUCCGGACCUGGUAGGGUACGAUUUGAAUACCCCUGUACUAGACCAUGUACAUGAGCAAAUAAAGUACAGGUAUUUUAAUUGCACAGAGAUGGCACUUAUUCAAUGUACUUUUAUCAAUAGUAUAAAGAAGGCCUAUAGAUUAACUUCACAUACACCAAUUCUCUAUCCUAGUUCUAACAUGGUGAUAUUGUGUUGAAGCAGUGACGAUGAUGAUGGUAACUGAAACGCUACAUCAGGUUUAAUGACCAUUGUCAGUGUGUGGUUAAUGAAAUCACUGUGAUGUAUUUCUGCUUUGUCUCAAUUCUCCUCAAUACUACAUUCUCCAGUGCUUAUUUAAAUCAUUAAAGAGUGAUUAGCGACUACCAAACAACAAAAGUGACGCGUGCGCAACUCUGGGGCAAAACAGACGGAUUGUUGACAACAUAUAAACUAUAUUUCAUCUCCAAAUGUUUAUUGAAAACAUAAAUACAUUUGCACAAUGAGCACUUGUUGUCUCUCAAAUACAUCGUUACAGUUGUUGGUUAGCUAGCUAGCGAAUUUUAGCCAUAUUAGCAUUGACAUGAAAUCAGUCAAAACACCUCAAAACAAGACAUGGUAUCAAGAACAAGAUAAAACUAGCUGAAACGAGCCACCUAUGAUUCCCAACAUGCCAGCUUCUUGUCAUUGUUGCUAGCCAUCUGACCGUUCAGAAUCAUAACAACGCACGCCUUCCGGCCCCAUCAAUGACGUUGUCAGCCAAACCGUCUAUAAACACGCACACACUGACGCGCACACACAAACACACACUGUCUGUGAGUCAGAGGAGCACCAAUCACAGACCUAUUAAAUAAUCAGACAGGUUUCUCUCCCACUGUGUCCAAUCAAAACGAAUAGGUUUCAUGCUCUCUGCUCCUCCAUGAUCACUCUGCCCCUGGGCAGAGUGUGUGUGUGUGUGGGCUGGUGUGUCAUGACUCUACCCCUCCAGCAUGUUGCUAUCAGUCAGUCAGUAAGAGAAAGGGUUCUAACCUGUGAGAGACAGGACCUGUAAUUAGAGUGGUGCACAUUGGCAUUACAUGGCUCGUGUGUGUUUGUGUGUGUGUUGUGUGGUGCACCGUGGCCCAGACAAAAGGCCAUGUUUACUCUCUCUCUCUCUCUCUCUCUCUCUCUCUCUCUCUCUCUCUCUCUCUCUCUCUCUCUCUCUCUUCCUCCAUCCUCCCUGGGGAACCCAAAACUUUUCCUCCUUUCAGACAGAUGAGUGUUCAGACGGAGAGAGAUGGAGGAGCAGGAGACCCAGUAAAGCUUUUAAUCUGUAAAUGGAUAGAGAGGUAUCCAGUAAUGGUCAUUUAAGCAUUAAGCCUUCCUCCGUCCACCUUGUUUGUGCUUCCUAAUGCUCCUUAAACAUUUACGACCCUGAUGAUAACAAAGGAAGACUGCAGCCUAAUCCGAUCAAUGCUGGUUAAAAACCCUACUCGGAACUGCACAGGCAUUGGUGGGGGGGAAGAAAACUCAACUCAUAUCUGAUUCCAGAUCAGCUUUUAAAGCAAGCAUCCUGAUAUAGGCAGUAAAUAAACUGCUUUGUGAUACUGACUGUCUGUAGGAAUCCAACACAGUUUCUUUCUCUGCUCACUUCCUUUGCAGUUUAGUCCACUCUCUCUCUCUCUGUCUCUCUCUUUUCUCAAGCUCUCUCCCACCCUCCCUCUAGUUCUCUCCAUUUUUUUCUCCAUCGGUUUGGAAUGGAGAGAUAUGUACUCUCUGAAUAGCUGAGACUGCAGUCAGAGAUUGGGGUGGCUGUGAAUAGCCGGGCCGAUAAAGAUGGAUUUCAUUCAGAAAUGGAUGGAGAGAUAACGUCUAUCUCUGGGUGGUACAGAACGACUCAUUCUACUCCGUCUAAAUGGCUUCCAUUGGGAGUGAUGAGAUUCCAUCUCUACUCUCCGCAGACUGCAUCCUGCAACAUUAGAGGGUCACAAGGGUUAAACAGCCUAAUAAGAAGAAGACAUGCUGCAUUAAACACUGCAUUACAACACACACACACUGUGGGACUCUCCAGCUAUCAGGAUCUGUAUAUUCACACCUGAGCUGUUUAUUUCCAUCCACCUGCACAAACCACUGGCUGAAAUCUACCAAGCAGCACUAAUGUUUGGAAUGCUGAGCUGCAGGGUAUUUGCAGGAGUUGCCGGUGCUGUGGUUGUGCAUUCUGUAUGUCACAAUAAAUUAUACAACUGCAAUAUAUGAUCUUCCUUAUCGAUUUCUCUCAGGAUGCAUUCAGGGUCCAUCUAUAUGCAUAUUAUCGUUGGAGUACAGGUCGUUAAUUUUUGCGCAUUAUCAUUGUGGUUUUGUGUUCCUUGGCUUCUUGGCUGGCUGCUGUGAAGUGAACACACACCCAUUGCCUCUCUGGGCAGGCACACACACACACACACACACACACACACACACACACACACACACACAAACUCAUCAGUCUUUCAUCAGCGUUCAGACCGUGGGUCUGUGCUGUUUGCCGUAUCAAUAUGUAGUUAGUAAGUAUGAAUUGCUGCAGUAAGAUCCAGGAGUGUGCGCAUGUGUGUGUGAGUGUGGGCCUGCGUGCGUGUGUCUGUGUCCACUGCCUAUCACUGUGGCAUCACUUUAUGUCCCUUCAUUCUACUUAUGAAGCACACACACACACACACACACACACACACACACACACACACACACACACACACAACUCAUCAGUCUUUCAUCAGCGUUCAGACCGUGGGUCUGUGCUGUUUGCCGUAUCAAUAUGUAGUUAGUAAGUAUGAAUUGCUGCAGUAAGAUCCAGGAGUGUGCGCAUGUGUGUGUGAGUGUGGGCCUGCGUGCGUGUGUCUGUGUCCACUGCCUAUCACUGUGGCAUCACUUUAUGUCCCUUCAUUCUACUUAUGAAGCACACACACACACACACACACACACACACACACACACACACACACACACACAGUUUGCUGACUAAUGGAGCCUUUAUUCUUAAUGAGUGGUGCUCUUGUUCGUCUAUCUCCUGUCCCCCUCAUUACCUCUCUAUCUCUCAUCCCUCUCUUCCUCUCUUCUUUUCCUCCACCUGCAUCUUCUACCAUCUUCUCAUCCGCUCUUCUUCCAUUUAACUACAGCUCCUAUCCUGCCACCCUCUCUUCCGCCUAAUCCCCCCCCCCCCCCCCCCCCCCUUUCUCAAUAGUCCUCUCCUGGUUGUUGUUCAUUCUCUUCCUCUAACCUCGCUCUCUCCCACAUUCUCUCGCUCUCUCUCCAUGCCCAUCUCCUUCUUUCCCUCUCUCCCUCCAGGUGCC